AUGGCGGACCUCGAGGUCAUUGAUUGGUCUGCCGAGAACGAACAGCAAUUUUGGAAUGGUGAGUCUGGUGCUUUGAACGAGAUCCUAUCCGGACCCUGCACGACUUACGAGGCACUCGACAAUGCCUUGCGCUCCUGGCUCCACCUCGUUGCCCAAGGCCGCGAUCAAUACCUUAGCAGUGAAGACGAUAUCGCAAGUUGUUCCCAAAAGCUUCUAGAUAGUGCAAUCUUCAAUGCCAACAAGGAUUACGUGCGGACGCAAAUCAUAUACAGUCUACUGCAGGAGGACGAGUACGGGCCUCUCCAUGGCAUUGCCAACUUUCUGCUUCUCGAUGGCCGCACCGAGGAAUCGACGUUUCGGUGCAUGGUCUGCGAAGGCUGCUUUUCCCGGUUGCUCGAUCUCAUCAAGGGUUGUGGAGAAUGUGACCACCGCCUGCAUCGUCUUCUCUUGGAGCUAAUGUACGAGAUGUCUCGCAUUGAGCGCUUGCGCCCCGAAGACCUGAUGCAGGUUGACGACGGGUUCGUCACGUAUUUGUUCCAGCUCAUUGAGGCUCUAUCUGACGAUGUGAACGACCCGUAUCAUUAUCCCGUCAUCCGGGUUCUGCUAGUUUUAAACGAGCAGUACAUGGUUGCAUCGACAUCAGUAGCGGUCGAUCCCACAUCGCCUUCAUCCCCGAUGACGAACAGGGUCGUAAAGGUCCUAAGCGUUCACGGCCCCUCGUUCCGCACCUUUGGCGAGAACAUUAUUCUACUUUUAAAUCGAGAGACGGAGACUUCCCUUCAGCUUCUUAUCCUCAAGCUGCUCUAUCUCUUAUUUACGACAUCGGCGACCUACGAGUACUUCUACACAAACGACUUGCGAGUUCUUCUUGAUGUCAUUAUUCGUAACCUGCUCGACUUGCCCGGGGAGAUGAAUGUCCUCAGGCAUACGUACUUGAGAGUCCUUGCCCCACUGCUUGCCCACACGCAGCUCGGCCAACCGCCCCAUUACAAACGAGAUCAGAUUCUCAGCCUUCUUGACAUUCUGCGCGGCUCGGGAAAUGCGCACUUCAUGCCCCCUGAGCCGACAACCCUUCGCUUAGUGGAGCGAGUCGCGAAAAUCGCCUGGCUUCUUGAUAACGACAGGUUUGAGGAGACUCCGAGUCCUGUUCUUUUCGGCAGUCUUUCUCUGUCGCAGAGCGCGAGUGGCGUCAGUCUCAUUGCACAAGUCUCCGAGAAACCAGGGAUUAUGACACCAAGUCUCAAGUCGGAUCUAGCGCAGGAGUCCAGAGACAGGCGCGAGCACGAGGGAGGUCACGGUGUUGGAAAGCAGGCGAAAAGUCUGAGGCCUCAUAGAUCUCUUCCAGAGGUGCCUGGACACAGUCACGGCAUACCGAUGACCCAGUCACCAAAUGUAACACGGGUUCAUAUUCACGGAAGCGGUCAAAAGAAGCUACCACCGAAACUCCCACCUCCUAGAAGGCGGACGAAGCUCAAGACGCCCAAUGCUGGAGAAUCUUUGGACACGAACGAAACGCUGCCAGCAUCCGGUUCGACCACUGCCUCUUGACUGCAGACUCGAGACGAAGAUGAUAGGCUAUACUAAUUCGUUUCUGGUGGGUUACGACAAGAAAUGCCUAUUACCGGACAGGACCGGCUUUCACGUAUGAUUGGAUCGCAAGUCUUGGUAUUUGCUGAGGAUCAUGAUAACGACGGGCUCUGAAAACAUUCAAUAUUAAUAGGUAUGGAACGACGAGGCAUAGCAAGGCGUUCGUUUUGUGGUUUUUUUCUCCCUUUGAAUUUUAAUAUCCACCAGCCGUUUGUUCUUAAUAUCUAAAGAGAUUUUACUUAAAUGGACCUAAUAGCGAUUAUUGGCUUUUGCUCCUUGUAUUAGACAAGGUAAGGAAGCGGAUGAGAUAAAAUAUAUCCCGAGUUACUCUAGGUAUUUAACAGUAC